CAGCGAGCCCCAGAGCCACCAGGCAGUGCUCAGUUCAAGUCGACGAACGCUGCCGAGCGGUUGGGUUGUUGCGCCGCGUGCCUCGCUGAAAGCCGAAUUGCCGUUACACGCUGAUGUGUGCCAUCGCCACGAUGAUGAUGAUGAAGCAGCCAAUAAUGAAGUUAAUAAUUGUGCAGUGAAAACGGUUUAAAGAGAGUGCCCGCGAGAGAGUGUGUGUGUGUGUGCAAAUCAAUGCUGGGAAAACUCAUCACGCGACCCUCGCAACCAAACCCCCCCGCUCUCCACCCCGCCACCGACUGCCGUGUGUAAUGUCCACGCGAUUAGCGGGGACUCGUGUGUAAAUUUGAAUUUGGACCGAGGUUCGUCGUAACGGGACCACGACUACUGUUCGGUGCGGUCGUAACGCGACUCCGAAUUAAAGCUUUGCCUUUGCGUGGCAAAAAACGCUAACCCAAGCAGAAAGCAGCAGCAAAAAAAAAAAAAGGAAAUAAAAGAAAUACAAAUUUUGUGGGAAAAAAAAAUCCUCAAGGAAAAAAAGCAGAGAGGGAGUGCGCAAAAGUUGCGUAGGAGAAAUACAAAAUUCAGUGGCAAAAAAAAAUACGAUUAUCAUCCGCAAACGCAAGAGGAGUGUUUUGUUGUGUGUGUGUGUGUGCGUGUGUUGGUGUGUGUUUUUUUGGGGGUCCAGGGCCGGUGGCCGCUAAUUACGGAAAAACAUGAAAAUCUACGCAAAAACUAAAACACAGGCCCGUCCAUGGGUAAUUAAUCAAUUUUCCGCUUGACCAAUAAGAAAGAAAAUAUAUAUCCAUAACAUAAUUAAAGAAUAAAACUUAAAAAAAAAAAAAAACUGAAGAAAAGCAGACAUAUCCAGUGAAAAGCCCAAUCCCCCCCCACCCGAAUGAUAUCAGAGCUGUUUGUGGACUGGGCCAGUGCCUAGAAAAGCUCCAAAGACGAACCAAAGACUUUAACGAUCACACAAGAGAAGCCCGUACAAUGCUUAUCCGGGGAUUGCUGAUGCUAGUGCUGCCCUCGAUCAUCCUAGGCAAUCGCUACAAUCAGCUGCACUUGUACGCCAAUGGGGCAGGCGGAGGAGGAGCCCCAUCGGCGGCGGGGACUGGCACCUACAGGACCUCCACGUCGGCGCAGCAGAACGAGGUGUACUCCGUGGCGGACAGCCAGCCGAUGACAGAGGAUGGCUAUAUGCCAACGAAUCAGCAUUUCCCGCACCCACCCCACCCGGAUCUCGAUGCGAAUCCCGCCCAGAGCACCUGCCAGACGGUGUGCGCCUGCAAGUGGAAGGGCGGCAAGCAGACGGUGGAGUGCAUCGAUAGACACCUCAUCCAGAUACCCGAGCACAUCGACACGAACACCCAGGUGCUGGACAUGUCCGGCAACAAGCUGCAGACGCUCUCCAACGAGCAGUUCGUGCGGGCCAACCUCCUCAAUCUGCAGAAGCUGUAUCUGCGCAACUGCAAGAUCGGGGAGAUCGAGCGGGAGACCUUCAAGGGGCUGACCAACCUGGUGGAGCUCGAUCUGUCGCACAAUCUGCUGGUGACGGUGCCCAGCCUGGCCCUGGGGCACAUCCCCUCGCUGCGGGAGCUGACGCUGGCCUCCAACCACAUCCACAAGAUCGAGGGCCAGGCCUUCGGGAACACGCCGUCGCUGCACAAGCUGGAUCUGUCCCACUGCGACAUUCAGACGAUCUCCGCGCAGGCCUUCGGCGGCCUCCAGGGCCUCACCCUGCUCCGGCUGAACGGCAACAAGCUGAGCGAGCUGCUGCCGAAGACCAUCGAGACGCUGAGCCGCCUGCACGGCAUCGAGCUGCACGACAAUCCGUGGCUCUGCGACUGCCGACUGCGGGACACCAAGCUCUGGCUGAUGCAGCGCAACAUACCGUAUCCGGUGGCGCCGGUGUGCUCCGGCGGACCCGAGCGGAUCAUCGAUAGGAGCUUUGCCGAACUCCACGUGGACGAGUUCGCCUGCCGGCCGGAGAUGCUGCCCAUCUCGCACUACGUGGAGGCCUCCAUGGGGGACAAUGCGUCGAUCACGUGCCGGGCCCGGGCCGUGCCGGCGGCCAACAUCAACUGGUACUGGAACGGACGCCUGCUGGCCAACAACAGCGCCUUCACCGCCUACCAGCGCAUCCACAUGUUCGAGCAGCUGGAGGGCGGCGGCGGCUUCGAGAAGCGAUCCCGGCUGGUGCUCACCAACGCCCAGGAGACGGACUCCAGCGAGUUCUACUGCGUCGCGGAGAACAGGGCCGGCAGCGCCGAGGCAAACUUCACGCUCCACGUGAGCAUGCGGGCCGCCGGCAUGGCCUCCCUGGGCAGCGGCCAGAUCGUGGGCCUCAGUGCGGCCCUGGUGGCCCUCAUUGUGUUCGCUUUGGGCGUGAUCAUGUGCCUGCUGUUGCGCGUGAAGCGGCAGCCGUACGUCGACAGCAAGACGCCCAACCACAUGGAGGUGAUCACCUCCGUCAACCACCAGAACUCCAUCACGAACAAGACGCAGCCGGUGACCGGGAACGGCAGUAUCGGCGGCGUGGUCAUAGCCAACGGCGCGGUGGCCAACUGCAUCGACGGGGCUCUGAACCAGGCCGGAACGCUGGAGCGGAAGAGCAGCGGCCGGGGCUCGCAUGCGGCCGGCGGGCACGAGCGCAGCGCCAAUCCCGUCCAGAAGCCGCCGCGACUCACGGAUCUGCCCUACUCCACGCAGGGAUACGACAAUGCCGGCAGCGUCCUCUCCACGGCCUCGUGCUUCAUCUCGCCCACGGGCUCUGGGAAUGGUGGCAACAAUCCCGAUCUGAUCAACGACACGCAGCGCUUCGGCAGCGACGAGUUUGCCGACCUCAAGAUACCCAUUGUGGGUGGAGUGGUCGGAGUGGGCGGAGUGGGUGGAGUGGGUGGCAGUGGGGAAUACAGUCGGGCCAAUGGCUGCGACUCUCUGUACCCCUCUGGCCUGUGGGAGCACGCCGCUCCGGCGGGCACCAGCUCGGCGGACGAUCUCUUCAUGAAGCGCUACACGGACAAGACGCCCAUCAUCGACUCCAGCCAGCUGUACGACCUGCACGAGCGCUCGGCGGCCACGGAUUACUUCAGCAAGACCUUCCCCCGAUCCCACCUACAACAGGGCACGGGCGGGGGCACAGGCGGAGGCGCCGGAGCCGUGUCGACCACAUCGACGGCCACGACAAACCUUUCGGGUGGCUCCUCGUCCGGCUAUCCGAAUGACUACGGCCUGCCGCUGGUGCCGGGAGCGGAGCACCAGCACAACCACCAGCUGCAGAUGCAUCCGCUGCAGCAGCUCCAGCAGCAGUUGACCUCCACCCUGAACCACCAGCACGGAGCGGGUGGUGGCGGGGGCAGUGCCGGCGGCUCGGCGGGCAGCAGUCCCCACUUUAGCAGCCGCACUCUGCCACGCCUGCACGAGGGGGGGGGCAACAGUGCGCGCUCCUCCCCCACCCCGGUGCCCGGCUCCAGUUCCUGCUCAAUUCUGCCCAACGGGCAGCCCAUCAAUGCCAAGACGAUACGGGUGUGGCAGAAGGGCGGAGUGCCGGUGCUGCCACCAGUGACGGCGCUGAAGCGGGCACUCAUCAGCAGCAGUCGCAACAGCCCGGACGAGGGCUACCAGGAGGGGUGCGGCACCGAUGUUUAGGCCGAUGUUUAGGCCCCCUCGAAGGAAGGAAACCAAGAACUGACUAAACUUAACAGAAAACCAGAUACAGAUACACAGAUACAGAUACAGAUACAGAUACACAGAUAUAGCUCUACAUAUACUCGUCGUACAUCCGAUAGAUACUUGGCUCUGAUCCUAGGCGAGGCGAUGAAUGAAACGAUGUUUGUGAUAGUGUCUGACAACAAAAGAUAUCAAAUGCGAAUGAAGAUAAUAAUUGGCGAAAGCAAACGAGAGAAGAGGAGGCAAAAGAGGAGGAGGAGGAAGAGGAGGAGGAGGCACUACGACACUAACUAACGUAUACUUUCCUAGGCGAGUAACUAACUAAACUAAACUAAACUAACUAACUAAUAUUGUAACUAAACUUAAGCAACAUGUACAUACCAGCAGAUCCCAACCCCCCCCCCUCGAAAAUAAAAUUAAACAAAAAUCAAUUUAAAUGUCAAAAAUCCGAUUUGUAAUCCAAAAUACAUAUAUAUAUAUAUAGGUAUAUGCGUAUGUGUAUGUGUAUAUGUCUGUGUGUAAGUUUCCAGCUAGAAACAAAAAAUAUAGAAGCCACUCCUUUCACCCAAAAAAAAAAAAAAAACAAAAA